CCUGUGCCAUGGGAGGGUGAGGUUGCCGCCUUAAAGCGUGCCGAGUUAUUGGAUACGUGUUGUUGCUAGGGGCGUGGGCUGCGCCGUGAAAUAUUCCAGUUUUUCCCAAAACCUGUAAGAGAUGAAAUUUCAGAAGGCAACGGCCGUAUCAGCCGGACGGGGAGAGAUUCGCUGAGAGCUGCCUGCUCUGAGCAAACUGUGCCGCAGUGAGCAUAAUCUGAUAAGCGCCUCUAUCCACCGUGCGCUCUGCUCCAGGACAACGCCAGAGGAGAAGCAGCACAUGAGGAUAGUUGCAUGAAAUUAUGCUGAGGUCACACUUCUCGGAGCUGAUUCAGAUUCUCACCCGGAACACCUGCUCUUCGUUUGAAUCGGCCGGGUCGAUGAGUGUUUACAGGGGAGUGAUGACUGCUGCGCACUCGGUGGUCCCGUGAUGCGCGUUUGGAGCGACUGGUGCGUGGUUCGGUCGAAAACAUCCCCACUGUAGCCAAGUGAUUUUGUCCGCAUCGCAUUUUUAUACUAUGCGCUGGAGCGAGGAUCUUAUGCAAUGUGGAGGAAACUGAUUUCGUGAGCUCAUAGGUUGAACUGGCAAUGACAUCAGGCUUAACUAGAGGAGCUCCGUGCUGUAUUGCAGCAAGGUGGACCGGGGCGUGAGGUGGCAGGGAGCAAUGCACGCAUCCUCCGAGCUGGACAUUUUGUGGGGAUGUUCUGCGUCCUAAACAAAUCCGAGGCACAGGGCCAUACAUCCUGAGCUGGCGAACUGCGUCACUGCAUGAGAGUGUUGCAGGUAGGCAGCAAACUCUCCCACCGCCGGGAGAGGAGCGUCAUCCUCCCUGCACAAUGUCGCCGGUGAGCGUCUAACAAUUUCACCAGGGAUGGAUGCGGCGGAGGAUUCAAGCAAAGAUCCGCCACUGGGAUCCACAUAUUCCUCAGCACCCAAUUUAGACUCUGACAUUAAUGCAAAUGCCUGUAGGCCUGUGUAUGAGAAUGGGACGGACCACAAUGUCAACAUACAAAUCGCAGCCCUGCGAGGAGCCAGUGACCCCAGCGCGUAUCCGUCCACAGAGUACCAGGGGCUGGUGCGCCAGAGGUUCAUCCGACGGAGUUUGUGGGUGUCAGACUCCGAGGAACCGCCGGUGGAAGCGCCGGAGUUUGUCAACAGCAGCCCGGUGCUCAACAUCGACCUGCGGACCAUCGUUGAUCGGAGUCGGUCCCGAGCUCUGCACGGAACCCGCCUCCAGGAGACCUCCAGCACGGAGAGCCAGGUGGGCCUGAAAGACAGCGCCACGGAGAGCGUGAGCGCGGACGAGGAGAGGGGAGACCGGAGCGAAACCGAGCCCAAGGCGGAGGUGGUGCCCUCCGAUGUCACAGGUAAAGCAGGAAGUGAUGAGAACGAAGAGGAGCCCGGCAUGAAGGCUGUGUCCACCUCACCGGGGGGCCGCUUCCUCAAGUUUGACAUUGAGCUGGGCAGAGGGUCCUUCAAGACCGUCUACAAAGGUCUGGACACGGACACCUGGGUGGAGGUGGCGUGGUGUGAACUCCAGGAACGGAAACUGUCCAAAGCUGAGAGACAGAGGUUCAAAGAGGAGGCAGAGAUGUUAAAAGCUCUCCAGCAUCCCAACAUCGUGCGAUUUUAUGACUUCUGGGAAUCACCGGUGAAAGGGAAGAAGUGCAUUGUUCUGGUGACGGAGCUAAUGACCUCAGGGACACUAAAAACGUAUCUAAAGCGCUUUAAGGUCAUGAAGCCUAAAGUCCUCAGAAGCUGGUGCAGACAGAUUCUCAAAGGCCUCCACUUCCUCCACACGAGGACUCCACCCAUCAUCCACAGAGACCUGAAGUGUGACAACAUCUUCAUCACUGGUCCUACAGGCUCUGUCAAAAUAGGAGACCUGGGUUUGGCAACGCUGAAGAGGGCCUCUUUUGCUAAAAGUGUUAUCGGCACUCCAGAGUUCAUGGCCCCAGAGAUGUACGAGGAGCACUAUGAUGAAGCUGUGGAUGUCUACGCCUUUGGGAUGUGUAUGUUAGAGAUGGCCACCUCAGAAUACCCCUACUCCGAGUGUCAAAAUGCUGCUCAGAUCUACCGCAAAGUCACCAGCGGAGUGAAACCUGCCAGCUACAGCAAAGUCAGUGACCCAGAAAUUAAGGAGAUAAUAGGGGAGUGUAUCUGUCACAGGUGGGAAGAAAGGUACUCCAUCAAGGACCUCCUGAAUCACGCGUUCUUUGCCGAGGACACGGGCGUCCGGGUGGAGCUCAAUGAGGAAGAUGACGGCAAGAAAUCAUCUAUUGCUCUAAAGCUGUGGGUCGAAGAUCCGAAAAAGCUGAAGGGGAAAUACAAAGAUACUGGUGCCAUUGAGUUUACUUUUAACUUGGUGAACGAAGUCCCAGAAGUAGUCGCCCAAGAAAUGGUGGAAUCAGGUUUUUUCCUGGACUGUGAUGUGAAGAUAGUUGGGAAGUCCAUCCGAGACCGUGUGGCUCUCAUCAAAUGGAGAAGGGAGCGGACUGUCUCGCCAAAUGGAAAUGGUGAAGUAGCUGUGAAGAAGACGCAGCAGAAUCUACUGCAGGUUCCUGGUACUGUUGUUCCACAGGGAGCCACACUAGCCGCUACAGAUUAUGAGGAUCACGAGUCGGAGCAGCAGACUCUGAUCUGCACCGUGCCCACCACCACCUCCACCACAUCUGACAGCGGAGUGAGCUCUACCAUGCAAUUAGAUGAUCUAAACAACCAACAGAAUGGCCCCUACCAGUCGCUACCAGAACCCAUUUCAACAGCUCAGAUAAUCUACAGUCCUCCUGCACAGACUGACCCUCAGCUGCACCAGGGACCCUACCAGCAACCCACAGCACAGGCCUCACAUGAAAACUACACACAAGCAUCCACACAAUUACACCAGGGAGCCUACCAGCAAACCACAGGUCAGCUGCAUCCUGGGGCCUUUCAACAACCUGCAGCACAACUGCAUCAUUGUCAAACACGUCACUACAGUGAACCCUUUGUUUGCCAUGAGAACCUGCUCAUCACUGAGAGCACAAUGUGUCUUAGGCGUGGCAGCACCUCCUUGGUCGAGAUGUUACAGUGUAGGACACACUCUCUCACUAAGACAGUGACUCCAAGUCCCUGCCAGUGUCCAUUAGAGGAUCUGGCAUCAACAAAUAUCGCAGGGAGUCCAGUGCAUAAUGCAGAUUACCCAUCCUCUAAAUCGGAAGCCCAGAAUCCAUCAUUAUUAUCUCCUUUCUUGCCCCUCCAUCAACACUCUCAUAAUGACUCAGCAAGUUAUUUUGAUUCACCUCACCUCCCCCUGAAUUUACAACCUCCUUCCGAGGACCGUCUGAAUGUCUCACGCAGCCCACAGCCCCACCACCACUGCAAGGCCUGCAUGUCUCUCCUCCUCAAGGGCAGGACGAAGGGAGGCGGAUCACUGGGGCACUCGCACAAACGCACCUUCUCCACAUCCACCCAGUUCACUCCAGUGUCAAAGCCAGACUCAGCUACAUCCCCUCAUCACUCGAGGUGUUCUGCAGUCACCUUGCCCACUCAUUCAACCUCCCCCUCUACCCCAUCAUCAGACAGUCAGCCAACCCAGGUGACUUCACCUUCACGUCUUUCCUCACCCUCACGAGUCAUGCUCCCACGGAGUUUGUAUGAAGGUGGAGAUCUUACUCUUCUCAACUACUGUCUCCGUCACAUUGUCAGUCGCAGAACCAGUUCCCCCACCCUGUCUGAUAGAGGAGGGGUCACUCAUCCAAUGCACGGCCAGGGGGAGGUAGGGGGUAGUACUUCCUCAGUAUCUGAGGAUAUACACAAGAGUCAGAGCCUGGAUGUUCCCAUCUUCUGUCAACCAAAUCUGGACAAGAACCUGCUGUUAUCACCACAUUACAGCGAAGGCAGAACAGAUCCACUGACAGCUUCUGCUCCAGCUACUCCAGCCUCCACUGCGCACCAGAAUAGACAGACAGCACAGAGCUUUCCAGCUGCAGCCCCGACUCCACAGACACAGCUUACUGCCCAACCCAGCCAGGAGCAGUGCCACUUCCAACCAGCUGCUAUCCUGCCCCAGCUGUUUUCUGCUGAGCAGCCUGCAUCUCACCUGAGUCCUCCUGACCCAUCCACCAGUUUUCCACAGUCAGUCUCCAGUGCUCCUCCCCCACUCCUGCCCCUGCAAAUCAGCACACAGUUUCCCUCACCAUAUCCUGUAGUUCAAACAGGGGGGCACAAGCCUCCUUCCUUCUCCCCUCUGCCGUCUGUCUACAGCAGCAGUGACCCUCCUAUGUCUAGCGCCUACUUCUCCCCUUCACCCCACCAUCCCUCUCUCCCUCUGACCCCUCAUGCUACCUUCCCCCCUGUACCCACUCUUGGCACCCCUCAGACUCCUCUGUCCACCCCUCAGCACGUGCCCAGUGUGGCGCUCCCCGUUCCACUUCUUGCUAUGGCCACAUCCCCUGCAGUGUCACAACACCAGGGCGGCCCUCCCACAUCUCAGCCAAACCUCGGUACCUUCCAUUCCACCCAUCACUUACCCCUCUCUCAGGUACAACCCACCCCAUACCCCGUCCCCAACCCUGAGCCUCAACUGGUUGAGCAGCCUGUGCAGGUGAUUGCUCCACAUGGCACUUUGGGAGAUGUUCAACUUUUGUCUGUGGCCCACCCUGUCUCACCUGCUGUUCAGACUCCUCUCUGGGGAAGUGGAGCAGAUACAGAAACUACUGCAACUGGCCUGGACCUAACUAUUCCAGCCCCGGUCUCAGUGUCCGGUACAGUCCAAGCUGAAACUCAAGCCCCAGCACAACCGCCAGCUCUGAUGCGAGCACGGAACCAACCUUCAGUCCCUCCAGUCCCAGCUCAAACGGCAGCCUCAACCCUUCUGAAAGCCCCAGCUUCAAUCCCAGUACAAGUUCCAACAGCAGUACAAGCUCCAGCCUCAACCCCAGUUCAAGCACCGAUGUCUGGAUCAGGUCCCAAUUUAGAACAAACAAAUGUCUCUUCUGUUAGCUCAGACAAACCUUCUGCGAUGGGCAAACCUCAACUUUCUGUCCCAGGUUUGGUCUCAGGCCCAGUCCCUGUCAGUCUGCCUGCACCAGUUCAAUCUGCAGCCCCUGUUUCUGCUCCAGCUCCUGUCGCAGCUCCUGUUCUGCAGCCUGCUGGCAUCCAGACAGUCUCAGUGCCUGAGAGUGCCAACCUGGCUACAACUCAGCAAAACCUAGAGACAACACCUGCAUCUAGCACUCUUCAACAAGAGCCUUGUGUAGAGGAUGUGCUUCGGGACAAACUAAUAUCUUUACCCAGUUAUGCAUAUGACAGUCUCAACUCUGAUGUAGCAUCUGGUAAGGAAACAAGUGACGGCUAUGACAGCUUGGCUAGCGGGGGGAAAGGGGAUGGAAAACCCAGGAAACAUCACCGCAAGUCGGCCCGCACACGUUCCAGGCAAGAAAAGACGAGCAAACCCAAACUGAGCAUGCUCAAUGUUUGCAACACUGGUGAUAAAAUGGUAGAAUGCCAGCUGGAGACUCACAACCACAAAAUGGUGACAUUUAAAUUCGACCUGGAUGGAGACGCUCCGGAGGAAAUUGCCACUUACAUGGUAGAGAAUGGGUUUAUCCUAUUGUUGGAGAAGGAGGUCUUCAUCGACCAGCUAAAGGACAUUGUGGACAAAGCUGAAGACAUGCUGAAUGAAGACAUGGAGGGUGAGAGGGACAAAACUUUGAGCUGUAGUCCUCUACAAGGCCAGACGUGUGACGGGCUAGCAGGAGAGAGUCAGCAGCCUGGAGCACCUCAGCCUGUCUAUCAGCAAAAUGUUCUUCACACAGGAAAGAGAUGGUUCAUAAUCUGCCCUGUAGAGGAGACACCUAUGUCUAGUCAGGAGACUCCGUCUGAUGGGACAACUACACAGUCCCCUAGCAGCUCAGCCACCACCCAGCCUGCUGACAGUGGCACUGCAAGGCCCUCCACAUCCAGAGACGAAGGAUCAUCCUCCACAAUGUCUGGUGGAAGUGGAGGCUUUUCCUACGAGGUUUAUGGAUUCUGUAGUCCUCCAAUAAUGUCCAACACAGACCCACUUCUCUUGGCCACUCUGUCACCUCCUGUUUCUGCACCACCGACCCUCCAGUCAGUGUCCUCGGUGGAGCCAGCAGGCAGUUUAGUGCAGCCUAGCGUGCAUCAAGCCCAGCCAGCCAGAGCUCAAACGUUGCCCCCAUCAUCCCCACACACGUCUUUCCCACUAGAAGAUUCACAGGGGUCUCCUCUGGGCUCCAUCUCCCCAAUCCACGCAGCUCAGCAGAUGCCCGAUAUGACAUGUCCUGUCUCUAUUGCUGAUGAGGUGCCCUGCUGCCCUCUAGUCAUGCCGCUGUCUCUGGAUGUGAGCACUUCACAGGGUGGGUCUCCUCUCACUCCACUUCCUCUUCAGGAUCCAGGUUCAGCCAAAGAGCCGCCAUCUGUGUCCUACGCCCCUGCAGCCCGGUGUGAGCGACCACAGCAGCCCGUGGUGCUCCACCAGCCUUUUUCCACCGUUGGAGGGACCAAAGUGUCCUCACUACCCCAGAGCCCAGCGCCAUCCCAACACGGUGCAGGGCCCAGUGAGUCCGAUGGUGAAGGGAGGCUGGGCCGUGGGGGAUUUGUGGACAGCACUAUAAAGACCCUGGAUGAAAAGCUGAGGAAUUUGCUCUACCAGGAAUAUGCUCCCAUGUAUCCAUCCGGCAGUGCUGCAGAGACGCCGGGAUCCGGCACAGAGUACAUCCAGUCUCCUCCUGGUCCAGACAGCGCCACAGGAGGGUCAGGAAACAGCACACCAGGGCCGAUAGGGGAGGGACGCUACAGGGCAGGAGAACAGCUGCCUCAAAUUCCAGAAAGAAUGGAUAGUUUGAGCACACUGAGUGACUCAGCUGUGUGUGCUUCCCUGUCAAGAAGACACGUCCCUCACUCUGCUUCCUGCUCCGGAACAAGAGGUCGAUUCAAGAUAAUCUCUGUACCUCCUGAAGUGGCCAACAGACGAGAUGUGAAGCAAAGGAGCUGGAGCAGCGCUGCCUCACCGGCGCACCCUGUGGGAUACGGUGGGGACCACAUUCAGGCUGAGGCCAUCGCUACCUCCACCACAAUCGGCCGGUUCUCUGUGGUGAGCACUGAAGAUGACAUUACACAGAGGACACGCUGCAGCCGCUACUCUGCCCCACCUGAUUUCUACCUGGACACGCCUCCUUCUAUGGCCAAGCGGGGCUCCCUGCCUCGAGCUCUGACCUCAACGUCUGUCCCUGUGGAUGUCACGGUCCAUGCUCGCUUCCUGUCCUCAGACUCAGGGGCCGAGAGCAGUCCAGCAAAACUGGCCCCCGCCACCCCGUCCCAACACUCUCGCUCUGAGCGCCGAGGAAGCGACCUCAUGAAGAGGGCGGUGGCCUUUCUCCGUCGUUCCGGUCGCAGCAGCAGUGUGCAGAGUUCUGACUCACCAAACAGGCAUGGAGGUGUCCACGGCUCGGCCUAUGCUAGCAGCGAUAACGACUCAGAGAUGGAGGACUCAGACAUAAAGAGGGAACUACAGAGACUCAGGGAGAAACAUCUGAAGGAGAUCUCAGAGCUGCAGGCCCAUCAGCGAGGGGAAGUGGAGCUGCUGUAUCGCAGACUUGGCAAAGUCCCUCCUUCUGGCCUGGGAAUCUCUAACGUUGGACCACAUGCUGGACGUAGGAAGAGGUCCAGUAAACACAGACUGAAGCCAGGCAAACUUCUCAGUCCUCUGGUUCAACAAUUUAGAAAUGUCACAACCAAAACUAGUGACUCCAGCAAAGCCAGUGCUGCGACAGGCACAAGUGAGCCCACAGUGAGUUUAAAUGGCUCUCCAGCCAAAGGGCCUCUACCCACUCACAGCCGAGCACGUUCAUGCACCAGCCACCUUCCCAGCUCCACCUCAGAGCCUGUGCAGACUAAGCAGCCCUGUUCUCUCAAAGGCUCUCUGUCUUCUGAUAACAUUUAUGCUGGACUACAUGGAGACGGCACUGGCACCCAAGCUCCACUUGGUCAAGGCUGGUCUAAUUACCCUCAACCAUCUGAGAGAGUGACCUAUAAAUCGAGUAGCAAGCCACGAGCUAGAUUUCUCAGUGGGCCUGUGUCUUUGUCUAUCUGGUCAACACUGAAGCGACUGUGUCUUGGCAAAGAGCGUGGCAGCAGAUCUGGAGCUUCAGCUUCAGCUUUCAAUCAAUCACAGCAACUUCCUACCGGCAUCACGCCUCCUCCCCAUCAGCCAGUGAUAGGUCUGGCCCAGGCUCAGGCCAAUAACAGCAACAACAAGACAUACAGUGGCACAUCCAUGAGUGCCACUGAAAACAACCUGCCUGAAGACUUGCAGCGGCUGAUGGAUGACUGGGCACAGGAAGUUCUUAUUGUGACCCACCGGCCACGCACCAACUCUCUGAGUAUCAGUGGACAGCAGCUUUGGGAUCAGAUUGUCCCUCGAACAUGUGAACAGCUUGCUAGUCCUUCAGAUGUAUCAUCAUGGACAGCCCCAGGUUCAGAGGCCUGCAAUCUGCCCCUGACAUGGCCUGACAGCCCUGGGUCAGCAGUGAUGACCACCCCCUCUGCAGGGCCUCAGCUCACUUAUCAGUCACACUCCCCUGCUCCAUUCAGGGCCUUGUCCUCGCCUCUCUCUGUUAGCCAGUGGCCUGGGCUGCUCUUCCCCCUUCCUUCAGGAGUGUUUGCCUUUCCUGCAGUGCCCUCAGCCCAGGAUGCCCACAGCCCCUUUCCAGCUUCAUCAUAUCAGCCAACCGACCCCAAGGCGAGGACUCUCUAAUCUGAGUAGCAUUGUGUCUUCCAACUCUGUUACCAAAAAGAUAUCUCAUUAUAGUUCUAGUCAAUCUUAUGUGCAUAUACUGUAUAUAUCUAACCAGCAUGUAUGUAACCAUAUGUACAUACUUGUCUCCAUUCUUGAAUUUUAUGUUAUUUGUUUCAUUUGCAUCAACAUACCUCAUGUCCAUAUUACAAUACAUAUUCCUUGAGUGCAGUCCAAUGGUAGUAGUACUUUUAAAGAUGUAUAAUUAGCCCAAUCAGGCUUGAAAGUGCAGAUUUUUGUCAUUGUUUAUGUAUGUACAUUGCCAUUCACUGAAUGUACAUAACAUACUGUUCAUUCAUGUUGUGUUUAUAUAAAUAGUUGUUUGUGUUGCUCAUAUCACCCCAAUAUUUAAGCUGCCGUGUGUAUAUAUGAAUUCUUGUUAGUCUGUACAUAGCUCCUGUGUUUGUACAGUUACCAUUAGAUACUCCAUAGGUUGGUGCUGCAGCUAUGUGUCUUAAUGCAACACCUUAUUAGCCACCAUCAUGCCAUCACUGUGAAGACUUGACAUCCUGGUCACUAGGACCAGUUCCUUUACUCUGCUCUCUCAGUCCAAGGAUAGGUUUCAUUCUUCAUCAAUGAAAUGCUUCCAGCACAAGCGCUUGAAAUAUCCUUAAGAGAUUUGAAUGAACUUGAACUUUAUCUUCAGGUGAACAGACACCUGUGAGAGUGCCUUGAAUUGCAGUUUCAGUUUUCUGAAGUGAAGCAUUUAGAUUCAAAGCAGACACUAGAUAUUCUAUAUGCUUUCACGUUCACUGGUAAAUUAUGUGAUUUGAAUAAUGAAUGUGGAUUAAAACAUAUUUAAUUUAGUAACAAAACACUAUAAAGUGGUGUUGCAGUUCAUUAAAUAUCAGAUAUUGUAAAAACGAUCCAAAACUAAAUUAGGUUAUCAUGUAUUUACUGUAAGUUUUUCCUUGUUCGCUGAAGUCAUUUUCCAGUGGGAUUGCUCUACCACCUGCACCGCAACCUGCAUGAAUACACUGAUAAUCUGAAUGUGCACAGGUUGAUGUGGUCAGUUACAGGAUAUUGUUAAGAGAAACUGGCAUUUAAACCAUGCGACAAGGAGGGCUGAAGGACUCAACAUACGAGUCAAAAUCAUAGUCAUCCCAUACCUCUACUAAUGCAAUCUGUAGCUUUACAUAUUGUUGCCUUUGUGGUUUUUAAGAGAUUACUGUGUGGUUGGUUGUUGUUUGAUAAAUGCUGAUGGUUUGACAAUGUUAGAGGCACAUGAAGAAUGUGAGUUAUUGAGAAGCCACAACUGUUUGACAUUUUAUUUGUACAAUGCAUAGGUUUUCUAAUUUAUGUUUAUUCGACACUGGCCUCCCAACGUCUUCUGGCUCAUAGACAAAUCAUAUGUACUAAGGCUGACCUAAUUCAAAGAUCUCCAAAAAAUGUUAUGCUCUUAUUGUUUUAGUCAGUUACAGUCUCACUUCAAUUUUAAAUGCAUAUCUUGUAUAACGUAUACAAUUCCCUCAGAAUAGUUUUGAAAUGCAUCAAUGGUUUGAUGGUCAGAAACAGAGCUAUCACGGACAAGUUGCUUAAUGCAGUUUUCAAUUACUGCAGACUAGCGGAAGCAAAGCAGUUAUUUUGAUCUUGUUCUGGUUUCACCGUUUCCCUUUACUUUAAUCAUGCUUUGUACAAUCAAUAUGGUAAUCAGGCAAUUUAAUUUUGCACUUUUACACUGUUUGGGGAUCCACAAGAACACGACUUUUAAAAGUUAAUUUCUUUAAAUAGAUUUAGAAGAGGCCGAGAUAUCAUGACUUAUUGGCCAAUCUCCUGAAAUGCUGAAAGAUAAAUUUCCCAUAAUGCAACACAAUAGCAUCUUUGACAUUAUCAGAGUUGUUUUUCCAAACUUCAAAAGGCAGUUUCCAUAGCCAGAGAAGACUCUACACAACAGUCUUCACAGACUAAGUAGAACUCUUUGUAACGAGUAAACUGAACCUUAUUUGUAGCAGAGGUGGAGUGACCCUUUAAAAUCAUUCCAUGUUUGCACAGUAUGACAAUAUUGUGGAAGUAUUUGUCUCUGAGGCAGAAUUUCCUGAGUGGUGACAGGUAUUUUUGAGAACAUCUCCUAUGCAGUUCUUUUCUUUGUGCUUUACCCAGUAACUUCUGUCUUUAAUCUCUUUAAUGCUUGCAAUGAAAGCUUGAUGUACGAUUGCUUUUGCCUGCCGUAUCACCUGUUUUCCCAGCACUUUCCUGACCUCGUCAGAUCGGUACUCUCUCAAAAAAGCUGUACAUACUUGAAGACAUAAAUAAUAAAUUCGUUUUUGCUUGACACCA